UGGUUUCUUUCAGUCUUGUUUAGUUUGGUAGAAUUGAUAAGCUGUGUCAUCCCUGAACCCUUCAUUAUAUUUGGUAAUACUGUGGACAUACGUCGAGUCAACCUUGAUGGUACCGGCUACAAUUAUGUCGUCCGUGGCUUAUCCAAUGUUGUUGGUCUAGACUUUGACAUACAAACACAAAUGAUUUAUUGGUCAGACAUUACGGUUAAGAAAAUUCAGAGGGUCCAUAUUGAUAAUGGCCUCGUUCCUGGGAGUGUUGAAGAUUUUGUAGUAGAAAACUUGGGAAUUCCGGAAGAUUUGGCUGUUGACUGGAUGGGCCGUAAACUCUUUUGGACAGAUGCUAGUAAUAAAAUAAUUGAGGUUAUCAAUCUGGAUGGUACAGAACGUCGCGCACUUAUAAGCACGGGUCAUGACAAACCAAGAGCUAUUGCUCUUGAUCCUGGCAACAACAAAGUUUAUUGGACAGACUGGGGCAGUGAGCCCAAAAUAUUGCGUGCAAAUAUGACCGAUGGAUCAGCCAAAGAAGUGCUCAUAAGUUCGGGUAUCGUUUGGCCAAAUGGGGUUGCUUUAGACUAUAUUGACAGUAAAUUGUUCUGGGCUGAUGCUAAUACAGACAAGUUAGAGAAGUCUGAUUUUGAUGGGAAGAACCGCAGGGUUCUCAUUGAUCAGACUCGUGUUUAUCAUCCUUAUGCAAUGACGCAAUUUGGUGAUCGGAUAUACUGGAGCGACUGGCAACAGCAUAGUAUUGAACACUGUAACAAGGAUAGAGGAGAUGACAGGGUGAGAAUCACUGGAGGCAUGACCAGGCCAACAGCUUUACAUGUUUAUCAUCCUGAUCGACAACCAGGUGCAGGUAAGAUCCAUUCUGAUUUAGCACUAGUGUUCGUAAUUUUGAUUAAAGAUAUAUAAAUACAGUCCCGUUUUGGGCGGAUUUGGAAGCAAUUGCGGUGCUUCCACAGUGUUUAAUAUCAGUAGUCACGCAUAGAACAGACCCGGGAAGGUAAUCCCAUAAAUUUUGGAUAGGUGUGUGCCGCCCAGUGUCUUAAACCCUGACCCUAUAAGGGGCAUAGCCAGCCCAUAGACCUGUUGACCCGGGCCUACGAAUUUUGGUUUGAUCAUUCUACUGCUUGUAAUAAUUGCCAGUAAUUACCAGAAUGUGUUGUUGGGGAGAGCAAAAAAGCAUAAGAGCUCAUAGUGUUGGUGAUGUUAGUGUGUACUAGCCAUGCAUACAGUUUUUAGGAUAUAAAAAUAAUAACUGAAAUGAAAGUCUGCCAGGCCUACAACUAGUCAAAAAGCUGGCUAUGCCCCUGCCUAUUUAAAGUUGAGAAAAAUGAACACUGAUACCCUGAAUAAGGCCAAAACCUGAAAAAUGAGACCCAAUUUGAGGGAAGAACAAAAGCUAAGAAUUUAAUGGAAACACAUAAAAUCUUCCUCAAAACACUUUCCUAAUACUCUAAAGUAAAGUUCUGUUUUAACAGAUGAUUUGCUUCUUGUGUAGCUGGGCAUUUACACACUUGAAGUUUUUGCUAAUACAGUGUAUAAUAGUGCUACCCUUUACAGAUCACACUGUGGCACAUACCUACAUGUAUCUAACCCAAAUAUAGGGGUACCACUCCCCCCCUCCCCCCGGAGAACAGACUACAGACUACAACCUGUACAAGGGUGCUUCAAUCAGCUUGUUCCUGGGCAGACUGUGUAAUAAUUUGUACUCUCAUCUAGGGUCUUACUUGUGACUGCCUAUUGCUUUAUUUGCUGUAAUGUAAAUAAUGGGAAUAGAACCAGAUGAGAAGCACUAGCAAGAAAAAAGUGGCUUUUAUAGCGUAUUGCGGCACAUGCAUGUGGUAAAGCUGAAAUAAAUAGAAAAAUCUGUGUCAUUAUGCAGUUACAACAAUCCAGUGUAAAAUAAACAUAAUUUAUGAAGCAAACAAAACAAGAUGUGGUAACAUUAAGGCAGCCAGAGAAAGGGUGCAAUGCCCCCUGCUUUUUUUUGCUCCUUCUCCAAGUGUUUUUGAAGCAGUAGAGGAUGCAGGUGGACAAAGGAGGGAUCCAAACCUGUUUAUUAACUUUUUUGAUAAACCCUCUCUAAAAAACUUAAAUAUUACUACCAAUUCACUUGAUUUCAUUGCACUUUGCCUUUUUUGGGCAUUAAUCUCACACUCCUUUCAAACUUCACAAAAUCUGAAAAAAAUUGAAUUUUGUACCAUUUUCAGACUUCAACGAAUGCCUAGUAGGCAAUGGAGGUUGCAGUCAUACAUGCUUGGAUCUGAUUGGUGGAUUUAGAUGUCUCUGUCCUUUAGGAUUUGAACUCAGCUCUGACGACAAGACAUGUCAGGGUAGGAUUUUAUUCACCUGAGACUUCAUCUUUGAAGGAAAAAAAAGUAACAUGUUUUUGUGUAUAUGCUUUCAGAUGUAAAUGAGUGCAGUUACAAUCGUGGAGGAUGUGAACAGCUAUGCAUCAAUUUCCCAGGAGGAUACAACUGCUCGUGCUUGCAAGGCUACACUUUGCAGAGUGAUGACACAUCUUGUAAAGGUAUAUUCAAUUAAGAAUGUGAAAAUGGGCAACAGGGUAGGGAUGAGGACCAGAACCAGAGAAAUGGCAAUUGAAAUCCUGGGCAAGGAGGGUGGGAUAACUCCCAUAUAAAAGAGUGGGGAUGUGUAUCUUUUUAAUGGUGUACAGGUAACUUGCAGUUUUUCGUAUCAUUCGGGUCUUCAGGGUGGAAUACCAAUAUUUUUAGCCUGGUAUCACUUAGGGCUGAACUUCAAGAAAGCAAAAGAAGAAAAAUAGAAAGGAAGAUAGGAGCAUUGCGUGGUAAAUAUUCUGUAUUGCAAUUAAGUAGCUUGCAGGUGCCAAAUAAAGAUUGAACCACCCCCAGAUUGGUCUGCCUUAGGGAUUACAUGUUGUAAUUCCAAUUUUCUGCUGAGCAUUCCCACCCCUUUCUUGUGGAAGUCCUUUACCCAGAAUGGAAGUUUCUGGGUGGUAGAAAAAAAGUAGGCAGAAGCCAGAAGGAGGAUUCGAAUAUGUUAAUGCACAGUGUGGGGUGAUCUUUAAUUAAACCAUUUGUCUCUGGAUAUUUUGCCAAAAAAAAAAGCCAUUUAAAGCUAGCCAAUGUCACCAGCAUAUAUGGGGAUGUGGAUCCAUGUAGGUGUUAAUAAUAGUGGUAAUGAGAUGUGAAUUUAGCUGAAACUAACUGGCGUCUGCCAGUCAUCUUGGCCAUGACACUGUAACACUGAGGCUUAAGGAAAUAUUACGAUUUGAGAGUCUGCAAUUUUCUGAUCUGUAACAGUAACUUAAUGUACAUGAAUUGUAUUUCUUUUCAGAUGAAGAUGAGUGUCGCAUUAAUUGUGGGGGUUGUGAAUUCAGCUGCAAUAAUACAGAAGCUUCAUAUUUCUGUUCCUGUCGCUCUGGCUACAGUCUAGCAGCAGACAAACAUUCCUGUGUGGAUAUUAAUGAGUGUCAGACUCAUGCUCAUCGUUGCCCAGGUGAUCAACUCUUUAAUCCCUAAGAGUGACCAGCAUCAAAUUUCUCCUUGUAAUAUCAAUGCUUUGUAGAACGGAGUGGUUAUGAGAAUUACAGACAUGAUCACAUAAGAUGAAUUUUCUUGAUAUUUUAUCAACUUCUCCCCACUACUUGAUCUUAGGGUUUAAAGGGUUAACUCAGUUUCAUGUGAGUGUACUCUAGCAUCUCAUCCACAGACUCAAGAGUUUACAAGAACUAAAAGCAUAUUUUGUUUUUCUAAGACUGGAUCAGUGAAAUAGUAUGUGAUCCUCGAAGGUAUCAGUAGUCUUUCAUGGGUUACUUGUCUCUUCACCCUUUGAGAUGAUCAUUUUGGACAAGACAGGUCAGGUCAGGGGCAAGUCUCCCUCUGUUACUUGUAACGCUGUAACACAGACCAAGCUGCCACAUGGAUGGAGGGGCAGCAUCUAAACUGCCCCCCUCCAUCCUCACCAUAUCUGUGCAGAUGAGGAGGGUGGCAUGCAACCUAGCAGGAUGAAAAACAAGACCUGUCAAAUGGGAGUUAGCUCAUUGUCUGCCAACAUCCAGCAUGCUACCUUAGGUAGUAUUGGCAACACACCAAUUGCACACCCCCAGGUAUCAAAAGGAUGAAAAAUUCUGUCACAGGCCAGAGAAUGAUGAUGAUGGUGAUGAUGAUGAUGAUUUCGGACAUUCUUUUUGUACUUUCACUAAUGUGAACAACACAUUUCUAACUCAUAUUUCAAACUCUAGCAUCUCAUUUAAGUACAUGCCAGUCCCAAUCUGAAGUUGAAGCUUAACAUCAAGAGGCUAUUCUUUUCUCUUUCCAGAUCAGUGUGAGAACACUCCAGGAUCUUACAACUGUAUUUGUUCUUCUGGACUCACUUACAAUCCUGUAACCAAUAGCUGUGAUGACAUUAAUGAGUGCACAACCAGCCAGCAUUCCUGUCAGCAGCUCUGUGUCAACACACAUGCCAGCUUCAGAUGUGACUGCAACCCAGGUUUUCUACUGAAUAGUGAUCAGAUUACAUGUGGAGAUAUCGAUGAAUGUAGCCAUUCAAAUCACUCCUGUCAGCAUCGUUGUGUGAAUACUUUUGGAUCUUAUGUUUGUAGCUGUGAUGCUGGUUACAGUUUGGCAGAUGAUGGUCACACCUGUGACUUGUUGGAUUGUGGGAUACCUAAGGGAAUUGAAGGAAUUGUGGUCAAAUGUGAUGGGACUGUGGAUCAAUACAGGUAUUAAUGAUCAGAAAAAACAAGUUCAAAUUAUAAUUUUUUGGAACGUUGGCACAAGCUAAUACCAGUACUACUUUAGUUUGCUCUUCUUCACAGAGGCUCCAACGGGGCAUUUCAGUAGGAAUAGCAAUAAUUAAAUAACAAUAAGUGAGUGGUGGAUGACGGAAAAAGAGAAAAGGCAACCUUUCUUCUUCUCUUUCCUCUUCCCAUCAUCCCCUGCAUGCUUACAUUUCCCCUCUCCCCAGUCUCCCUACAACACAUAAAGGCCUCUGCAGAAGACAGAGGUGUUAGUUGCUUUGGUUGGUCAUUACAUUGCGUUUCUUUGUCAAAUAUCGUAAUCCAGGUUCAAGCUAAGCGAUAGUAAGAUCUCAGUGAAACAGUGAAUCCAAACACCGAUAUUUACCAUGGCAAUCAAACCAAAAAAGCAAGGAUCUUUUUGCCCUUGUUGACCAUAUUUUAGGCAGGAGGUUUCUCUACGAAUCUAUUUCUAUUAAACGCUGAAGAUUCAGGAUUUUCUGGAUUCAGCUAAGGUGCACCGGAAUAAGGUGUAAGAGUAAAGAGUAGGCUGAAUAGCACUAGAUUCUCCAAUGUAAUUAUUUUCGUCAGAAAAAUAAUAAGAACCAAUAGAACAACCCAGUUUGGUCUAAGUUUUUUUUGGCUAAUUACAAAUUUUUGUUAGAUCCUGCUCAGGCAAACUUGGGAAAAUGUAGGUUCUUACUCGCGGGGUAGUAUUGUAUUAUACGGAUCCGAAUUCUUCCACGGAAAUGCUACGCCUCCCAACUGCUUCAUCUAACUGAAAUAUUCCUCUACCUGUGUGUGUGUGUUUUCAGGUUUGGUAAAGAUUGCAUUGUGACCUGUACAACGGGAUUUCUGAUUGGCUCAAACACCAUCACGUGUCAAGCAUCAGGCCAGUGGAGUGCCAUCACGGCGCAAUGCGCAAGUCAAGCCCCAGGCUCCAACAGUCCUCCUCUCAGAAUCUUGCUCUCUUCCCCGCUUAUUCCCGAAAACUCUCCCCGUGAUACUGUUGUGGGAAAACUGGCAACGGUCGAUGAUGACGAAGAUCAGGUCUUUUCUUAUGCGAUGGUUGACGGAGCAGGUGUUUUUAGAGUUGACAAUAUGGCAGGGUUAUUGACUGUGAGUGGUGAAUUGGACUAUGAGAGACAAUCAGUCUACACUGUGACUGUCAUGUCUACAGACAGUGGUGUUCCACAGCUUUCCAUCACUCAAAACCUUACUGUUUAUGUCACAGAUGUCAACGAGCCACCAAGUAAGUUUUUAAUGGCUCAUCAAUGCGUCUCAUUAUAGUAAAAACCCGAGAACCGGCUUUCAUCUGCCUGAACUCAUUGUACACAUUUUAUCUGAGUAGGAUCCGUAAUUGAGAGGGGGGUGUUUAUGAAAAAAGCAGAAGAGUUCCUGGAAAACAGCGCAGCGCCUUAAAAGCAGGUUACAACUAGGUGUGACUAUUGGGGACUGAAAUUUUAAGUACUGCAAUUGUUUUGCAGUAGGUCGCACGGAUAUUGCGAUAGUGGAGGUACUAUUGCAAUAGUAUUGCGAUAGUUUUCAAAACAUGAAGGGCAAAAGAAAUGGACAUUGGGUGCGCAAAACAAACGCGGGUCGACAGGGUAAAGUUAGAAAUACGUUUAAUUAAUUAGUAAUGAACGUUUAGUUUAAUUAGUGAUGAACUUAGCUACAAUCCUGGCCAGAAGGUUUUGGGACACCUCCCCUUUUGCACGUGAUUUUGUAUGGAAUUUGCAGCUAACCGGCUAUACACACUCAUAAACACGGCCUUAACAAGAUUUCUCCCCCACCCCCCGACUAAAGUUGAGGUCCAUAACGUGUGCAAGAUAUGUAAAGGGUGUUUGACCUGUAACACCCAACACUGUCCAGGGGAAGACGGGGAUUAACUUGAAUUGCAUUUUCCUUACACGAAAUACAGAAUGUCCCAAACGUUCUGACCAGGAUUGUAGCUGGUCUUUAAGAUUUCGUUUGGUUUCUCCUUUUAACAGGUCCGCCAACCAUAACCUCCUCAGUAGUUUAUGAGAAUGCCUCUCUUGGAACUGUUAUUGGUGUUAUUAACUCUUCUGAUGCUGAAUCUGGACAUGAAGUCAUUUACACUCUGCUUGUGAAUGCUGGGGAUAGAUUUCGGAUCGUUGGUCAAGAACUUCGUCUUCAUUCCAAACUGAAUUACGAAGAGGCUUCGAGCUUUAGCAUAACAGUUGAAGCAAGGGACGAUGGUUCUCCCAGACUGGCUAGUGUAUCGGCUAUAAACAUCACAGUUAUAGACUCUAAUGAUCCUCCUACACUCCUCAUUUUUAACGGGGGAUUUAUCCCUGAGUUCACUAAGGCUAGCUCUGAGGGAACUCGUAAUGGCUCUGUGAUUGGUAACUUCACGACACUAGACGAAGAUGUUGGCCAGUCUCAUGUGUAUUCAAUCUUAGGAAAUAACGACGUGUUUGCCAUCAAUGAAUCCUCACUAGUGGUAGCCUGGGCCGAGAAAUUGGACUUUGAAUCACGUGGUCAAUGGAUGUUGCGUGUGCGCUCUACUGAUCCUCUUGGCAGCAGCGUGACCUCUGUGAUUGAGAUUCGUGUUCUUGAUGUGAAUGAAAAUCCAAGUGGGAUUGUCUUAUCUUCAGACUCUUUUUUAGAACAUUCACCAUUGAAUACAGUGAUUGGUUCUUUGAGUGCGCUGGAUCCAGACCUCCGCGACAAUCACACUUUUGCGCUUGUAGCUAAUCCUACUGGCAUCUUCACGGUUGAAGGCCAUACUCUGAAAGUUUCCUCAGAUGUCGAUUACGAAAGAACAGUUAAUCCGUGGACAGUUCGCCUGAGAACGACCGACAGCGCGGGGCUUUCGUUUGAACAAGACUUUAAUAUCACAGUUCUUGACAAGAAUGAACCGCCAACGAACAUUAUUGUCUGGCCCAGGAAACCUUGCGUGUCAUCAUCCGGGUUAUGCGUGGAGGAGAAUCGACAGCUGGGCUACAACGUAGCUAACGUAACGAUGGAAGACCCAGAUCGAGGUGAUUCUGGAAAAUGUGACGUCAUUAGUGACGACAUCUUCAAGAUCGAAAACGAUGCUUUGUUAGUGAACGGGCAAAUCAACUAUGAGAAGCUUGAUCACUCGCACGUGAUAACAGUUGAGGUUAGAUGUAGAGAUAAAGGCGGGCUUAGCAUCGUGAAAAGCUUCAAUGUCCGUGUUGUGGAUGCCAAUGACGCUCCAAGCGCCGUGUACUUGUCAAACCAGAUCGUAAGCUCCAAUGCCUCUGUGGGGAGUCUGGUAGGGACAUUCACCGUUGUAGAUGAAGAUCAAGGCGAUUCUCAUUUCUGCUAUCUUUUGGAUCCAGAUAGCUUGUUCAAAAUCUCUGGUCUUCAGCUCCUCGUCGGAAAACCACUGAUAAACGCAACAUCGUCUCGCCACCCCGUUGACUUGUUUUGUUACGAUAGAGAUGAUAUAAGCUUUCCUUCAAGACUAUUUAUCGAAGUGAGGAGCAACAUUUUGCUGACGCAAGUGAACAUCUCUUUGAAUUCCUCACACAUCAAGGAAAAUAAGCCAGCGGGAAGUCUUGUUGGGCUUAUCACGGCGAGGACUUCGGACUCUAAUGAAACCUUGGUCUUUCAAUUGGACGAUGACGCGAAUGGAACUUUUGCUUUGGUCAGCGGAGAUACUGUGAAUUAUAGAGACCUGGUGACCACACGGCCACUUGACUAUGAGCAGCGGAGUAAUUACCAAAUCGUUAUCCGCGUCUACGGCAGUGGAGGGGCCACUAAUUUUAAGGUCUUCGACAUUCAAGUAAGAAAAUAGCUUUUGAAACCCCUUAAUUAUUUCAUCCAGGUUUUAUCAGGGUCAGAAGGUUCUGUUUUGAAGAAGCGCGUUAUCGCAAAAUCGGUAUUAGAUUGACGUAUUCCCAGCUCCGUUUCAUUUUAUAACUUUGUAAACAAAAAAAACUAAUUAAAUUUAUUAUAAGGUUUGUUGAAGAAACUUGGCAGCUAUUCCUGCAAUUUGUGUUGGAGCAAAAUACGUCUAAAAUUUUAAGUUACUGCACUUUGUAAAGUCCUGAUAAACCCAGUCGAACCACAGUGUAUCAUGUUGCUCACCUUCGUAAAGUUUUUAAAAACGUUGACCAUCUCCCGUCAUUAUUUUCUUGCAGGUCAUUGACGUUUAUGAGCCUCCGAAACAUCUUGUUCUUCAUCAUAAUCACGUGGCUGAGGGUCUGUCUGGCGCAUUGGUUGGUGUGAUCACAGUGAAGGACCCACAGCUAAACACGCUGUCUGUUGAGCUCCUUGAUAAUCAUGACUCCGCUUUCGAGGUAAACCCGACAAUGGUUGUAAAACAUAAGCUUGCUGUUCGAUUGUGUGCAAAUAAGACACGGGUAUCAAGUGUUAUUGACCCAUUAAGCCUUGUGUUCAUGGUUUGCCAUCUUAACCUGACAUUUGUUGAAAUAUGCCAAGUGUUUGUAGAAGUGUCUCAGACUUUAUAGUGUAGGCUACCUCAUAGAAUAGAGAAACUUGUGUGAUUAGAUUAUUACUUGUUCUAAAUGUAACAUGGCAAAAUUAACGAUGGUUCCAUCUCGCAUGCCCAUAAAAUUCCCGCCCAAUCCGAGCUGAGCAGGAUUUCCAGCAAUGGCGGUUGAGAUCAACGAAGUGUACUGCCUAGCGAAAAGAUUUGAACUGCGAAGAACCUUGCAAAUAAGCAACAAGAAGACGGUAUCUAGAAGGCCAACUGCUGUAAUGGGUCUUACGGACGUGUAAGAACAAAACGAAUUUCGCCGUGGCAAUUAUUCGUCGCCCAGGGAUGCUGUGGGGAUGGGUUUCUGAUGUUAACUCAGUUUGACUUAUCCGUCUUUAUUUUUUGUUUUAGCUUCUUUCCACGAAUGUCCAAUACACUUGGAAGCUCAUGACGCGUCGACCGUUGGACUUUGAAGAAGCCCAGAGCCACCAAAUCACCGUCAGGGUUAACGACUCAAACAACUCUCUGACAACUAAUCAAAGCUUUACCAUUUACGUCACGAAUGUGAACGAGGCUCCGACGUCAAUAUCUCUGAGUAACCUCCUCAUUCCUGAAAAUUCUCCCUUUGGAGCUGUCGUUGGCAUCAUAAAUGUUACGGACCCGGAUGAAGAACUUGUCCCUCAAAACAUCACUUGUGGACUACGAAACGACGCUGGUGGAAGAUUCAGGGUCAUAGGUUGGGAACUAACAGUUUUGAAUUCCCGGAUGUUGAACUAUGAAGCCCCGGAUGGUCCGGAUUAUUUAGUGGAUAUUGAAUGUCAGGAUCAGGGUGGUGAAUCAAUUCAGCAGCAGUUUACUGUGGAGUUAACGGACGUUAACGAGCCACCGCUUAGAAUUGAGUCUUUUUCAAGGAAAUUUGAGGUAACUAUCGCGACAGUAGCCGUAAUAGGAAGAUUUUUCCCUUGAGCGAGUUGAAAACAAAGCAGUUUAGUAAGUUAACUGGUCGAUUGCUCGAUCGCAAAUGGCUCAACGAGAAAACGGCAUUACAUGUACGGCAUUCCGAGAAAAACUUAAGCAAACUGAAGCACGAUGACAUUUGCGUCUAAUUUUCUGAAGGAAGAUUAAUAAAAAAAACAAGAGCGCUCACAACCAAUAAUUGUUUUAGGCCAGUUUUAAAUAAUUCUGCACUGUGGCUUUUCACAUUUCUCCAUGUUGAUAGUCGGUUUUUUUCUUUGCUGUUCAUGUUGUGUGUUGUGGUGUGUUCACAUGCGGCCAUUGUAAUAUGAGUCCUAGGUAGCUGGCACAUGUAUGAUUUAACUUACAUGUAUUGUAGACGGCACAAAUCUCAACAUCGGGAAUCAGUUUUGCAAGGCGCCGUGAUAAUCUCUCCUUAGUCUCACUCUUCUUUUUACCCUCACUCCGGGCUUAACUCCAGACCUUUCUUUUGACCGCUUCCUCAUGUGUUCUCAACCCAGGCAAAAAUAAGGUAUUUUUUGCGGUCGAGCUUGCAUGGUACAGGCGUUUAGGCUUGUUUAUAUCUAUUCAUGAUGGAUUAUUUCAUUUCAAAGUGCAUUUGAACACAAGCGCAAGUGAGAUCUACGCUUUGUCAAUGCAAAAUUAUUUUAUUGUUUAUGACCAUUGUCAUCAUUUUUAGGUUGCUGAAAAUCUGAGCCCAGGAGCCGUGGUCGCUGUACUGAAAACAGUGGAUGAAGACAGACGGCAAAACCACUCAUACAUCGUCACGCCACAAGUAUCAUUUACUAUUGAAGGAGAUAAACUGAUAACUUCUGUAAGGUUUAAUUACGAAAAACAGGACAGCUACAACUUGAACAUUACCUCAACUGACAGCGGUAACGAUAGCUUUACCCAGGAGGUGGUAGUCAGUAUUCUAGACGUCAAUGACGUGCCAUCUGGAAUAGUGCUACCACAAGGGACGGAAAUCGCUGAAAAUGCUGAGGUAUGUGGUUUUUGUGAGAGGAAGGGGUCGCGCAGAAUCAAGGUCUGACACCCCACUAGGUGCAUAUCUAUGCUUAUUUACUCCGUUUUACAGAAAUUGGUCAGUUUUUUCAUAAUUAAAGUUAAUUUUUCAGUAGAAUAUUUACUGAGGAAAGUGGGACCAGCCAAUAUCCUGUCUGAAUGACUCACAAACUCAGGAAAGGAGUGUUUAUGAAAUAAUACUACGGAGCAUGCUCACGCACACCCCACUGGAAGCGCUCGUUGUUUCAAAAAGAAGUCACCAUUUAAUCUACCAUUGGUGGCAAUUUUUUGAGACAUUGUCCACAUUUGGAGUAACUUCGGAGAACAAAACAAUCCACACCCCUCCCUUCCUCUCCAUUCAAUGUUGGAGUGUUUGUUGUUUCCUACAGGUAGCUCGAAGAGCGGCAACGCGUUGAAUGGAGGGGAUGGGGAAAGGACAGCUUCAUUGUCCCCUUUUGAAGUCGGCAAAACAUCAGAAAGCGCCUUAAGGGCAAAGUGUCUCUACAAAUGUUGUCGCCGGUUGUAGAUACGCGUCUGUACAUACUCAUCGCAGUAUUUCAAAUUUUAUCCACGGACUGUCUUUCUUUAAGAAUGUAAGAAUUUAUUAUUUUUUGUUGUAAUCAUUUGCAGGUUGGUUCACUUGUCGCAGAAAUGACGUCAAUAGACGAAGACAGUGGCCAGACGCAUACUUACGUCAUUUUGGCCCAGACCCCCUCUGGUACUCUCGUCGUUGGUGACGUAAACAAGCUGUACGUUUCAGAUAACAGCGGGCUAGAUUUUGAGCUACACCGUCAUGUAAACCUCACUAUAACGACUACAGAUAGUGCUUUGCAUUCGCAACUGUCAAAGGUGGUGACUCUGUCCAUUCCUAUUAUUGACGUAAAUGAGGCGCCCUACGAUAUUCAGCUGUCUUCUGCUAGUGUUAAGGAGAAUUCUCCAAUUAGCACCGUCGUGAGUCUCAUAACAGUGCUGGAUCCUGAUGUCACGAGCUCCUCUCAGCGCUUUCAUUGUCGACUUACAAACGAUGCUGCUGGUAGGUUUGGAGUGAAGAUGAACAUGUCUAGAGUGGAGCUGUACUUAACUGGCAAUGGACUGGCCAUUAAUUACGAAAAGCAUGCGUCUCAUAACAUAACGCUCAUGUGUAGUGAUAGCGGCGGACUGUCAUAUGAAAGAGAGUUCGUAAUUCAAGUAUUAAAUGCCAACGACCCACCUUCAAACGUGAUUUUCUCAGCCUCGCCAGGCGACACAAUUCUUAACCCAAAUCCACCCCGGAACAUUUCAGACAUCAAGCUUAUAACCAGGGCUAUUGUAACUGUCAACGAAACUGCUGAUGUCGGAAUCACAAUUGUGGCGUAUGUACAUGUUAUUGACGAAGACAAUAUUAACAAUCCCUCUCGGCCCCAGACGCAUGCUUGUGAGCUCGUGAGCAAAGCAGAAGCGAAACUGCUCGUUACUGUAGAUGCGCAUGCGCCCUCGAGCUCCCGACGAAAACGUUCGAGUGAUGUUGACUCUGUGCCGUCUGAGUUUAUGGUUCAACCUGGUACCAACUCUAUCUUAGUCCGUGAAAAGCUCGAUUAUGAAACUCAAACCAGUUAUUCUCCUUAUGUUAAAUGUACGGAUGAUGGUGUUCCCAAAAUGUCCACAGUUGCGCCUCUGGUUGUGUUUGUCCUGGACGUUCCUGAAGCACCUACAAACGUCUUGCUGUCUUCACUUACGAUCCCGGAAAGUGUCAGUAACGGAGCAAUCGUAGGUAACUUUACGGUGGUAGAUCCCGAUUUCACGCGCACGGGUUACUCGUACGAAUUAACGUCACGUGGAGUACCGUUUCGCCUAAUCGGACGUGACAUCGUCGUGUCACGCACUCCACUUGAUCACGAAACCACGCCGCUUAUAACAGUGCAACUGACAACGCGCGAAGUACUAACGGACUUGAAAUUUGUCAAAACGUUCGAUAUUGCCAUCACUGAUGUCAAUGAGCCUCCGACCAGCGUCACGUUGGACGGAAGGACGAGUGUGAGCGUUCUUGAAAAUGCAAGAAUCGGUGACAUUCUGGGAAAGUUCCUUGUGGAAGAUCAGGAUGUUAACGACACCUUUUCUGUGACAAUCGAGGGAGAUCAAAAUGAGAUAAUCGCGGACUUUGAAGUCAAUGGACAAUACCUCCUGGUGGGAAGCCAGUUAAAUGCCUGGUCUCGUGAUCGGUACGUUCUCAAGGUGAUAGCCACCGAUAGCGGUGGUCUGAACACGAGUAAUAUUCUGACCAUCACCAUAGUAGAAGUAGAUUUGUGCUCGGCAAAUCAAAGCUACUGCAGUCCGUAUGCCAUUUGCUCCCGAGCGGGCCCGGGACGGGCCUCGUGUAUUUGCAAACUUGGUUUUACUGGUAGUGGAUUUUUGUGCGAUGAUAUAGACUAUUGUAAGCCCGACCCAUGCCAUCCCGUUAACACGAUCGGUGGAUGUAUGGAUGGGUUUGGUGGGUGGAGAAAUUAUUCAUGUAACUGCAAACCCGGAUGGUCAUCUCCUGAUUGCUAUGCAGAAAUAAACGAAUGUCUUCCUAAUCCGUGUAAUGUCAGUGGAACAGAAAACUGCGAGGAUCUCAUCGAUGAUUUUAGAUGUCUUUGUAAACCAGGUUUCAGUGGAAAACUUUGUGAGAUAAAUAUUGACGACUGCGAGCGGGCCAAUUGUCUUAACGGUGGCACAUGCGUGGACAGGGUAAAUGGCUUUGUUUGCUUAUGUAAAGACCCGUUUAUUGGGGUGAACUGCGAUACUGAUGAUACUAUCUGUCGAGAAAAUCCGACAAUUUGUCCACGUAAUGGGACUUGCAUUUCAUACGCCGAAGAUCCAGCGAAGUUUACUUGCCGCUGUGAGGCUCCCUGGGGUGGAAACUGUUCAGGUUGCGCACCAGGUUAUGGCGGACAAAACUGCACACCGUGUAUUUAUCCGUGGACUGGGGAGAAUUGUGAGUUGAACUGGAGAAACUGUAACCCCAAUCCUUGCCUCGAAGGUGGAACCUGUUAUCCCUUGAGAGGCGAAGACUUUUCGUGUGUGUGUCCACCAAACUUCCUGGGAAAGAUCUGCGACAUAACUGCUGACACUGCCACAGACGGCAGUGAAAGCAAAUCGAGUGCGAGAUUGAGCCCCGUGGGACUCUACUCACUAAUUGCCUGCAUCGGUCUGCUCGUAAUUGUCAUCGUUAUCAUACUUCUUAUUUUGUGGCGAAGAAGACGAAGAAAAUACCGCUCUCAAAGUGCUCGAAUAGAAUAUCACACCAGACGAAAAGCACCUGAAGUGAGCUCACAUUUCAGGGAAAUGAUGGCGCAAACUGGUGGGUACAAUUUUGAAAACCCUGCAUUUAUUGCGGAACCGAUAGGAGGUGAAAUAUUUAGUGCUCGUCGGGAGGUUUCCAAUACUGAGAAUCGCAACUCUUCAGUAACAGAGAUAAGAAUCUCAGACGACACAGUAGCGAUUGCACGCGACAACCCAAUGUAUGAAUCCGCUGAUGAGGUGUUGAGGAAACACAGGGGUGUAGUUCAUAAUCCUAUAUUUGUGGACGGUUCCUUGGAAGAAGAAAAUGUAGAGGAUAAAGGCUCUCGCCUCUGGCAACAACCUGACCAACUGAAAUUCUCCAAAGACUUUUUCUAA